AUGUCAGUCGUCUCGUUGCUCGGCGUCAAGGUUCUCAACAACCCCGCCCCGUUCACGGCGCCUUAUGAAUUUGAAAUCACAUUCGAAUGCCUGGAGCAACUGCGAGAAGAUCUCGAAUGGAAAUUGACCUAUGUUGGGUCCGCGACGUCUGCCGAACAUGACCAAGAACUCGACUCCCUCCUUGUCGGACCAAUCCCCAUUGGCGUCAACAAGUUCAUCUUCGAAGCCGACCCACCGAAUCUCUCUCGACUCCCACCUUCAGAAAUCAUUGGAGUGACGGUGAUCCUGUUAACCUGCUCCUACGAUGGACGGGAGUUCGUACGAGUUGGGUACUACGUCAACAACGAAUACGACAGCGAAGAGCUGAACGCUGAGCCGCCCGCAAAACCCAUCUUCGAACGCAUCAAACGCAACGUCCUUGCAGAGAAGCCCAGAGUAACAAGAUUCGCUAUCAAAUGGGACUCGGAGGAAUCUGCGCCGGCCGAAUAUCCACCAGAACAGCCAGAAGCCGAUACUUUGGACGAUGAUGGAACGGCGUAUGGUGCAGAGGAGGCAGAGUUGCAAGCUGCCCUGGAAAAAGAACUGGAAGAGGUCGAGUCUGGAACUCCGAAGGUGACCAACGGCGAGCAGGAGAUGGUCGAGGAGGAACCCAGCAAACCCAAGGACGAAGAGGAUGAUGCCAGCGACAUUGGCAGCGAAGAUCUGGAAGAAGAGAGCAGUGAGAGUGAGGACGACGAAGACGAUGAGGAGGCGGCUGAGGGCGAGGAUGCCGAAAUGGCCGAGGCCGACGAAAAGCCCGCGGCUGAUACAGCAGACUCUAACGGCGAAAAGAAGGCAACGGAGCCGCAGCCGGAGGUCAUGGUCCAUUAG